CUGGGGAAGGUUCCUGCCUUCCCUCCCUACUCACUCUGGGUCUAAGCUGUACAGAGAUGGACCAUCGAAAAGCCAGGGUGCUCCCAGCUGCGCACUGCUGUUCCUCUCUAGGAAUGUGGGCCUCAAAGGCUGGCUGUAUGAGGUUAUCUGUACCGCCCUCCAUCAGCAGGAGCCCAGCCAUGGUGAAUGAGGGCAGCAGCAGUGGGAGUGAGAGCUCCAAAGACAGCUCGAGAUGUUCCACCCCAGGCCUGGACCCCGAGCGGCACGAGAAGCUCCAGGAGAAGAUGAGGCGGAGGAUGGAAUCUGGUGAUAAAUGGUUCUCCCUGGAAUUCUUCCCUCCUCGAACUGCUCAGGGAGCCGUUAAUCUCAUCUCCAGAUUUGACCGGAUGGCAGCAGGCGGCCCCCUUUUCAUAGAUGUGACCUGGCACCCAGCAGGGGACCCUGGCUCCGACAAGGAGACUUCCUCCAUGAUGAUCGCCAGCACCGCCGUAAACUACUGUGGCCUGGAAACCAUCCUGCACAUGACCUGCUGCCAGCAGAGCCAGGAAGAGAUCACAGGCCACCUGCACAAAGCCAAGCAGCUGGGCCUGAAGAACAUCCUAGCUCUGAGAGGAGACCCCAUAGGUGACCAGUGGGAAGAGGAAGAAGGAGGCUUCAACUACGCUGUGGACUUGGUGAAGCACAUCCGAAAUGAGUUUGGUGACUACUUUGACAUCUGUGUGGCAGGUUACCCCAAAGGCCACCCCGAAGCAGAGAGCCUUGAGGCCGACCUGAAGCGCUUGAAGGAGAAGGUGUCUGCAGGAGCCGACUUCAUCAUCACCCAGCUUUUCUUUGAGGCUGAUACAUUCUUCCGCUUUGUUAAGGCUUGCACCGAGAUAGGCAUCACCUGCCCCAUCCUUCCCGGGAUCUUUCCUAUCCAGGGCUACCACUCCCUCCGGCAGCUUGUGAAGCUGUCCAAGCUGGAGGUGCCGCAGGAGAUCAAGGACGUGAUUGAGCCGAUCAAAGACAACGAUGCUGCCAUCCGCAACUACGGCAUUGAGCUGGCUGUGAGCCUGUGCCAGGAGCUCCUGGCCAGCGGCUUGGUGCCAGGCCUCCACUUCUACACCCUCAAUCGCGAGAUGGCCACCACUGAGGUGCUGAAGCGCCUGGGCAUGUGGACUGAGGACCCUAGGCGUCCCCUGCCCUGGGCUGUCAGUGCCCACCCCAAGCGCCGGGAAGAAGAUGUACGUCCCAUCUUCUGGGCCUCCAGACCGAAGAGUUACAUUUACCGCACCCAAGAGUGGGAUGAGUUCCCCAAUGGCCGCUGGGGCAAUUCGUCCUCCCCAGCCUUUGGAGAGCUCAAGGACUACUACCUCUUCUACCUGAAAAGCAAGUCCCCCAAGGAAGAGCUGCUGAAGAUGUGGGGGGAGGAGCUGGCUAGUGAAGAGAGUGUCUUUGAAGUCUUUGCCCACUACCUCUCUGGAGAGCCGAACCAGCAGGGCUACAAAGUGACUUGCCUGCCCUGGAAUGAUGAGCCCUUGGCAGCCGAGACCAGCCUGAUGAAGGAGGAGUUGCUGCGGGUGAAUCGGCAGGGCAUCCUCACCAUCAACUCCCAGCCCAACAUCAAUGGGAAGCCGUCCUCUGACCCCAUCGUGGGCUGGGGCCCCAGCGGGGGCUAUGUCUUCCAGAAGGCCUACUUAGAGUUCUUCACUUCCCGCGAGACCGUGGAAGCGCUCCUGCAAGUGCUGAAGAAGUAUGAGCUGCGGGUGAAUUACCACAUUGUCGACGUGAAGUUUUCCCAGAAGGCACAGGGAACCUUUUUCCUGCAGUGGAGUGGCCUGGCUCUUAUUUUAGGCAGUCGUAGGAGAGGACGUGAGCCAGGAAGGCCAUGUGAACAGGCCCGUAAAUCCAGGUGGAAGAUGGGCCCCGCUGGGGACUGUGGUGAAAACAUCACCAAUGCCCCAGAGCUGCAGCCCAACGCUGUCACAUGGGGCAUCUUUCCUGGGCGAGAGAUCAUCCAGCCCACGGUGGUAGAUCCUGUCAGCUUCAUGUUCUGGAAGGAUGAGGCCUUCGCCCUGUGGAUUGAGCAGUGGGGCAAGCUGUAUGAGGAGGAGUCCCCGUCCCGCAUGAUCAUCCAGUACAUCCAUGACAACUACUUCCUGGUCAACCUGGUGGACAAUGAGUUCCCGCAGGACAACUGCCUGUGGCAGGUGGUGGAAGAUACGUUCGAGCUGCUCAAUAGGCCCACCCAGAAUGAGAGCGAGACAGUGGCUCCGUGACCUGCACCGUGACGUCCUGGCCGGGGGCCUUCCUCCGCCUGGCCCUGGUUCUCUGAAGUCCUCUUCUCCUGGUGCUCCCCAAGCUCUGGCCUCCACUUUCCCACAUCACGAUGGCAGCUAGACUGGCUGAGGCCUCCGGCUCUGGCUGGACCGGAGCCAGCCCCACACAGGAGCCUGGUGCUCCCUGCUCUAGCCAGGAGCUUGUGCUCUUUUGGUGGGGACCAUCUCCGUCCUGAGGAGGACCAUGGUAGGUGGCACACCCCCUCCCCGAGAAGGGGAGGAGACUAGCCCUCACCCAGGGCAGCCUCCAGAAGCCGGCCAGGAACUUCCAGUGAACUUGCACUUGGGGCCUCCGUAGGACAGGCAAAGCGAACACAGCAGCGACCUGCACACGGCUGUGAUAUGAAGGUGCAGAACCCUUCCAGCUCCUACACGCUG